AAAAAAUUUAACAAAUUAAGAAAUCAAACACAUUCCCACUUCUCCUCGUAUCGUAGGAGUCUCCUAAAACAUUAGAUAAAGCUCAGUCUAGCGAUCCGUUUGACAAAUGGUAAUGGAAUAGAAGAAUCCCCCUUCCCUUCCUUCGCCGGCUUCCAUUUCUUCUACCCAUUUCACUCUCCUCCAUUCUCCGACCUUUGCAAGCAAAUAUGCUAACUCCCACCAUGACUAAAGCCUAAUCAUUUCUCUCUCCAUCCAUCCCUUGUUCGACCACUCUUUCUCUUUCGUGCUGCUUACGCCCAUCAGUUAUGGCGACGCCGAAACCCCAGAGGUCCCCCGAAGAAAUUGAGGACAUAAUCCUCCGCAAAAUCCUUCUAGUCACGCUCGCUCCUCCUGCCCAUGGCGCCGAUCCAAGAAUCAUUUACUUGGAGAUGACCGCUGCCGAGAUCCUCAGCGAAGGUAAAGACUUGAGGCUUAAUCGCGAUGUCGUAGAAAGGGUACUAAUUGAUCGCUUGUCCGGCGAGUUCCCUGACGCCGAAGCUCCGUUUGCUUACCUACUCGGAUGCUAUCGCCGGGCUGUUGAUGAACUGAAGAAGGUCGCCAAUAUGAAGGAUAAAACCGUCAAAUCUCUGGUGGAGGCUUCUAUCAAGCAGGCUAAGAAGCUCUUUGUUAAUUAUGUUAGAAUUCAUUUGGGAAAUCCGGAGUUGUUUCCUUCGAGUUCACCAUCUCUCGCUGGUAAAUCCACUAUUUGCAGCCUCACGCCUUUGAUUUUUGGAGCGGUUGAUAGAAGUGGGUUUGGCGGUGGUGGAGGGAGUCAGCCACCGCCUCCUGGGUUUCUUGAUGAGUUGUUUUCAGAGGCUGAUUUUGAUAGCUUGGACCCUAUAUUCAAAGGGCUUUAUGAGGAUUUGAGAGGUCAUGUCAUAAAGUUAUCAGCUUUGGGGAACUUUCAGCAGCCAUUGGCUGCACUGUUGUAUUUAGUUAAGUUGCCGGCUGGAGCUAAGUCGCUAGUGAAUCAUCCUUGGUGGAUUCCAAAAGGGGCUUACUUGAAUGGAAGAGUGAUUGAAAUGACUAGUAUACUUGGACCCUUUUUCCAUGUCAGUGCGUUGCCUGAUCAUACCAUAUUCAAGAGCGAGCCUGAUGUUGGACAGCAUUGCUUCUCGGAAGCAUCAACUCGUAGGCCUGCUGACUUAUUGUCUUCAUUUACUACUAUCAAGACAGUUAUGAAUAACUUAUAUGAGGGUCUCUCCGAAGUUCUUCUUACUCUACUUAAGCAUGCCGACAUUCGUGAGCAUGUCUUGCAGUAUCUCGCAGAGGUGAUCAACAGAAAUGCCUCCAGAGCACAUAUCCAGGUUGAUCCCAUAUCUUGUGCAAGCUCGGGCAUGUUUGUCAGUCUCAGCGCUGUUAUGCUUCGACUCUGUGAACCCUUUUUAGAUCCACAUUGCUCAAAGAUUGAUAAAAUUGAUCCAGGAUAUGUGUUCUACUGUAACCGAUUGGACUUAAGAGGGUUAACAGCCUUACAUGCAUCAUCAGAAGAAGUUGCAGAGUGGAUUAAAAAUGAUAGUUCUGGGAAAGCUGAUAUAAAUUCUGGAUCUGGUGAUAUAGAAAACCGCGUGGUCCAAUCACAGGGAGCCAGUAGUUCUGGUUCCAAGCCUGCAUCAACUAGUGGUAAGGCUUCAUACGCAUUUAUAAGUGAAUGCUUCUUUAUGACGGCAAGGGUGCUCAACUUGGGCAUGCUAAAAGCAUUUUCCGACUUUAAGCACUUGGUUCAGGACAUUUCAAGAUCUGAGGACACUCUAUCGACAUUAAAAGCAUUGCAAGAACAGUCACCUUCACCGCAAAUGCAAAUGGAUAUUGCUCGCCUCGAGAAGGAAUUAGAAUUAUAUUCUCAGGAAAAACUUUGCUAUGAGGCACAAUUACUGAGGGACCCUACUCUUAUUAAGCAAGGGCUCUCGUUCUACCGAUUGAUGGUGGUUUGGUUGGUCAGCCUGGUUGGUGGAUUUAAAAUGCCUCUUUCAUCUACUUGCCCCAUGGAAUUUUCAUCGAUGCCUGAGCAUUUUGCGGAAGAUGCGAUGGAGUUACUUAUAUUUGCUUCUCGAGUCCCAAAAGCUUUAGAUGGAGUCAUUCUGGAUGAUUUUAUGAACUUCAUAAUCAUGUUUAUGGGAAGUCCAACACACAUUAGGAACCCGUAUCUCAGAGCAAAGAUGGUUGAAGUGUUGAACUGCUGGAUGCCCCGUGGGAGCUGUUGUAUCUGCAGUGGUUCAUCUGCUACAACUAGUCUGUUUGAGGGACACCAAUUAGCUCUCAAGUAUCUCGUGAGGAAUCUAUUGAAGCUUUAUGUUGACAUUGAGUUCACUGGUUCGCACACUCAGUUCUAUGACAAGUUCAAUAUCCGACAUAAUAUUGCUGAGCUCCUAGAGUAUCUGUGGCAGGUCCCUAGUCAUCGUAACGCCUGGAGACAGAUAGCAAAGGAAGAGGAAAAGGGAGUUUACUUGAAUUUCUUGAACUUCUUGAUCAAUGAUAGUAUAUAUCUUUUGGAUGAAAGUCUGAACAAGAUUCUUGAACUGAAAGAACUGGAAGCUGAAAUGUCGAACACGGUGGAAUGGGAACGGAGACCAGCUCAGGAGAGGCAGGAAAGAGCCCGGCUGUUUCACUCCCAAGAGAAUAUCAUCCGGAUUGAUAUGAAGCUGGCAAACGAGGAUGUGAGUAUGCUGGCCUUCACAUCUGAGCAGAUUACAGUACCUUUCUUACUCCCUGAGAUGGUGGAACGAGUGGCCAGCAUGCUGAAUUACUUCUUAUUACAACUUGUGGGUCCACAGAGAAAAUCUCUUACUCUGAAAGACCCUGAGAAGUAUGAAUUUCGUCCAAAACAGCUCCUGAAGCAGAUUGUCCAAAUAUACGUUCAUCUAGCUAGAGGUGAUAAAGAAAACAUAUUCCCAACUGCCAUUUCAAAGGAUGGAAGGUCAUACAAUGAACAGUUAUUUAGUGCUGCUGCUGAUGUUCUUCGAAGAAUUGGUGAAGAUGGGAGAAUCAUACAUGAGUUUGUUGAACUUGGUGCAAAAGCAAAAGUUGCUGCCAUCGAGGAAAUGGACAGUGAAGCUGCUCUUGGGGAGGUACCGGACGAGUUCCUUGACCCCAUCCAGUACACUCUGAUGAAAGACCCAGUUAUACUACCUUCUUCAAGAAUUACCGUGGACAGGCCUGUCAUCCAAAGACAUCUCCUUAGUGACAGCACGGACCCCUUCAACCGUUCGCAUCUUACAUCUGAUAUGCUGAUACCGGACGUGGAGUUGAAGGCAAGAAUCGAAGAGUUCAUCAGAUCUCAACACCUUAAGCGGCAUAGUAGUGACGACUUCAGCAUGCAGAGCAGCAAAGCAUCCAUGCAAACCACUGCCGGGGACAUGUUGAUUGAUUGAUUGAUAGGAACUAGGAAGGAAGGACAAUUCGUUCAGGGUAAACUUCUAUUGAAUGCUUCAAAAUCAGGAUUUUCUCCUUCACUUUUGUAACUAUAAAUCUUCCAAGUUCCUCAAUCCCAUUGCACAUAAGUUUAUUGAGGCCUCUUGUAGAAGUUUGCCUACCAUUACAUUACAUUUAGUGUUUGCCUGUCAUGGUAUCAAGAACCCUACUCCUAAAAGAACCAACUAAUUUAUUUUCUUUAUUCAUGGAGGUAUCAAUGAGAAUACCCUCCAACAUGAUCAUAUAACAUGAACAUACUGGAGGAUAUGCUUUGUUCAUCAUCUGAUGACAAAUGACAACAAAUGAACAAACACAAGAAAAAAAGAGCAAGAUUCUCCCAAAAACAUUGCACUCUAAUUCGCCCUUCUAUCCGGCUUCAUUCAUUCAAGGUGGUCAUGUGGUCGAAUCGACAUGAACAUGGCAGCAUACCUCAACAACUUAUUUUCCACAUCCCCACCACUCUCCACCACAGGGUUCAUCGGACCACCACCAGCACAACCUCUAGUCCUCCGCCUGUACCGCCGCCACGCAAACUGAAUGUUCACGGCCGCCCACGUCCGCCAGUUCGAAGAGUAAUACCUCGCCGUCCUCUUCAGCCUCUCGUUCGCGAACUUGUACCGGAAAUGAUCCGUAAUGUACUUCAAGUGGUUGGCGUCGAGAGCAAAUGCCUCCGCGGCUUCUAUGCACACGAACGUCGCCGACGAAGCUGGAAGCCGCUCGUUGAAUGGCCGGCGUAGGCACCAUGACAAAAGUUCGUCGCCGAGGAAGCCUCCAGCUUCGAGCACGUUUGUUGCUACCACUCCUUUGCUUAGCCUUUGUGAGCUUUUUAUCUUCCCACGGACUAAAAACACCAUUCUUGGUACUGGAUCCCCUUCUCUAAUUAUCUUUUCAUCCUUGGAAAACACAAUGGGCUUGACUCUGUCACAUAUGUUGUCGAGAAUCAAAUCGUCCAAGUUAUGAAACAACGGCACCUUCUUGAUGAGGUCUAGGCAGAGGUAUCGUUUGAUGUCUCGCCGUAGCCCUUCGGGCAAGUCUUUGAUCAUUUCCAUCUCAUCCUCGCCUCCCAUGGUCGUCCACCUCUGGCGCUCGUAGUGCCGAACUCUCUGCCUCAAGCGGGAAGGCAGCUGUCUUCUUCUCAUCCACCACUCCAUGUCUCUGCACCUCAGCUGCAUCUUUCUCUUCGUCGCCAUCACCGCGUGCAAGAACACCUGAAUGUUACCAAUCAACAAAGUGAAGAGCAUCAAGCCACUCAGUACUAGGCAUAUGCUGAACAUCACUUCCAACCAGUUACUAGUUGGUUCAAGAUCAUUCCCAAAUGUGCUGCAAUAUUCAUGCACAAAUCCCAUCAGUCAAUCAAACUAAUCUCAACACGACUAUGUCAUACAUUUGCGGAGCUAGGUUGAAGUCAGGAGGGACUGCGACCCCCCACCUUUGAAAUGUAGGUAAAAUUAUAUGUAAAAUUCGUAACAAAUUAAGGAUACGGAGUAGUUGGAACCCUCUCUCCAGUUACCACAGUUCAACCCAUCCCCUCUCAUUCAGAUUUCUGGCUCAAUGGAGACAUGACUAGCUAGGUAAUCAAUCUUACUUACCUGAGGGUCAUUAAGCCCCAGAAAAUGGGGUAAAGAAUCUUGACAGCCAAAGAAUCACUGGAAAUCACAGGGAGAGCCCACUUGUAGAUCCCAUACUUGAAACUGCCAUCCAUGUCCAAGCACAUUGGAGUCCUAUGAGUAGUAGUGGAGUUAUUAUAACCACCACAAGAGCCGCUGCCGGCAGCCAAUGCAUCAGGCAGGACAAGGCGGAAACAGAGCUCUUCGGAGCAAGACAAGGAGAGGUCGCAGUUGGAGGACAAGUUGCACUGCUGCUUUAUGCAGGAGGCGGCGCGCUGGAUGGCGAGCACGUACCAGCAUCCGCCGGCGACGUGGGAGGCGAUGAAGUAGGCGAUGAGGUUGAGGCCGAAACCCCACCAGAUGGUGCCGAAGAUGUAGCCGGUGACCUUCUGCAUUCUCCUCAUCAGGGUGAGGCUGUGGUACACUUUGGGCAGGAAUUGGAACAGGAAGAUUAAGAGCAUGAUUGUCAUUAUCAGCUUGAUUUGCUCGUCUCUGAUCAAUCUUGGCACCACCAGCCAAAACACAGCCUGGGGAACGGGGAGGAUGACGAAGGCGUCGAACCAGAACCCCUUCAGCGACCGGAGGUAGUGGGCCGCGAUGGCUUGCGGGUCCCACACCAGCUUCCCGCACCCAACCACCAUCGACUCCCGCGACACGUACGCCACCCGCAGCUGCAGCCACACGUGCACCACGUGCGCCCCGUCCAGGCACGUGCGGAGCACCGUCACGAUCGCCGCCAGCCCGCCGUCCAUGUACAGGCACGGCGAGCCCCCGCGCCCGAUCGACAGCGCGUAGAAGAACAGCGGGUCCACCGCCAGCGCCAUGGCCCGGGCCAGGAGGAACGCCCGGUUCAGCCGCUGCACGCGCUUGCUCCGCGGGUCCACCACCGUCCCGAACGCGCCGCUGGGGCGGCGGCGCGGCCGCGGGCGUGGGGCCGGGAGUGGAGCUGUUGAGUUGGAGUGGAUGGGGACCAAGGAGGAGCCGGCGGAGGCUUCCCAGAGCGGCUGGUGGGCGGCGUCGCAGGUUGUGGAGUGGAAGACCGGGACGCCGACCUGCGUGCACGCGUAGCAUUCUACGACGUCGUCUCCGCCGCCGGUGCCUACGUUGCUGAUGUCAGCGGUGGUGGUGUAUGGUUCUGGGAGUCGUGGCCGGCGGUGGCCGGCGGAGAGGAAGGGGAGACGAAAGUUGGGCAUGGUGGGGAUUGGAAGGGGAGAAGUAAGAACGGUGAUGGAACCACCAUGGGAGAGAAUUGGAGAAAUUUGUUUAGGGAGGGGGGAAAGAAGAAGAGGGCGAAAUUGAACAACAACACUUUGUUGAUAGGGCCAAGACAAGAGAGAGAGAGAGAGAGAGUGAGGGGAGAAUUGCUAUAUGAGGUAGUGAAGGGGUGGGACGAUUUUGGUUUCUAGAAGAUGAACUAAAUUAAUCAAGGUAGGAUUUGAUUACAAGGAAAGAGAGGAGAGUAAUGUCAUUGUCCUUAUGAUUAUGAGUUAGAUUAGUUUUGAAAUAGUUGAGGAGUAAUGGGGAAGAUUUUUUCUUUCUGAGAAUAAUCGAUGAG